GACAGCACCACUCCCAGCCGCCAUCUCUGUGGCCUGAAACCCUGAGGAAGGCUUCUGCUGCUGGAGCUGUGCAGAGGAGUGGCCGUGCAAGGCUUGUCCCCGGUGCUGGCUCGUCCCCAGGAGCGGCGUGACCCCGGUGGGGCUGGUUCCCCCUCUACCCUCGCUGCCUGCUGGGCCCCGCGGUUCCUCCUUGCCGGGGAGCCGUGUGCGGGUGCAUGAGCCAGGCCGGGAGUGCUGAGAUCAGUAAGCGAGAGCCGGGCCGCGCUCGCUGCCUCCAUGUGACUGCAGUUUCCGUUGGCUCCUUCCGCAAAGGCUAAAUUGGUGCUCGGCGAGAGGGCGGUGGGACACGGCCCCGGCGGGUGGCACACGGACCCCGCGGGUGGCACACGGACCCCGCGGGUCACCCCCACCCCUGGCCCCGGCAGCCCCCUGAGCGCAGCUGAGGGGCCGCAGGAUGGACCGUGCCGAAGCCCACGCGUGGCAGUUGUGAAAGUGCCGCGUGCCAAACACUCGCCGAGCCCUCGCUGCUCAUUUGCCUGCGUCUCAGCUUUUCCCCAGAUGCAAAUGCCGUCAGCUCCGGUCCCACCAGGAGUGCCGCCACUGAGAUGGAGGCCCCGCUCCCUGGUCUCUCCCUGCUUCUUCUCCUCCUGGCAGUGGGAUGGGGAAGCAGGAUGGAUGCAGCCUGGGCACCAUCUCCUGGGAGCUGUGAGCUCGUGCACAGCAUCAUGGACUGCACUGGGAGAUGGCUGAGUUCCAUCCCAGGAAACCUUCGAGGCGAUACUGAGGAGCUGUUUCUUGAUGACAACACUAUCCAGGUCCUGGGCAAUGUCUCUCUGCUCCUGUACCCUCAGCUCUGGCUUCUCAGCUUGACCAGGAACCGGCUGGAGCUCAUUGAGCCCGGUGCCUUCCUCAGCAGCCAAGGCCUGCAGGUGCUCUCCUUGACAGACAACCUGCUCUUCACCAACUACUCGCUGACAGCAGCCGCUCUUUCUACUCUGCCCGCCUUGAGGACACUGGAUCUGGCUGGAAACCAGCUCACCGAGGACAUGGUGUCGGUUUUACUCUCCAACCUCUCUUCCUUGGAGUCCCUGUCUGUGGCCAGGAACAUCAUCAUGAGGCUGGACUCGUCCAUCUUCACAAACCUGACACAGCUGCUGGAGCUGAACCUGGAGAAGAACUACAUCUUCGAGAUUGACAAUGCUUUUGAAGGGCUGCAGAGGCUGCAGAAGCUCAACAUAGCUUACAACUACCUCCCAUGUCUGGUGGGGUUCGGCCUGACCCAGCUCAGGGUACUCAACAUCAGCAACAACAUCAUUGAGUGGUUCCUGACCCUGGAAAGUGAUGACCUCUUUGAGCUGGAGGUGCUGGACCUGUCCCACAACCGCCUCCUGUUCUUCCCUGUGCUGCCUCGGCAGAGCAAGCUGCACUCCUUGCUGCUGCAGGACAACAGGAUGAGCUUCUACCAGCGCCUCCCCAACGGCACCUCCCUGGCCAACGUCACCGUGCAGUUCCUCAUCAUCGAUGGCAACUCCACCAACAUCACGACGGUCAGGCUCUGGGAUGACCUCUGCCACAGCAACCUCUCCUCCUUGCACCUCCUGGACAUGAGCCAGAACCAGGUCUGGGGCCUGCCAGAUGAUUUCCUGGCCCAGAUGCCGUCCCUGACCCACCUGAAGCUCAACCAGAACUGCAUGGAGGCAUUUCACCUGUCAGAGGAGGACCCCUUGGCCAUGCUGACAGAGCUGGACCUCAGCCAGAACCAGCUGGUAGAGCUGGGGGUGAAGGUGGGCACUGGGGACAUCCUGCCCAACCUGCAGCUCUUCAACCUCAGCACCAACAGGCUGCAGGCGCUUCCUCCCGGGAUUUUCACCCGCACCAGGAAGAUCACUACCCUGGACCUCAGCCACAACCGGGUUGCCCUCUGUCCCCAGCCAGGUGAGGCUGAGAGUCCCCCCUGCGUGGACAUCAGGGGUGUGGAGACCUUGACCCAUCUCUCCUUGGCCGGCUGUGGUCUGCAGGGGCUGGGCGGCCGCCCCUUCCAGGGGACAUCGCUGAUGCAUCUGGACCUCUCUGACAACCGCCAGGCGCUGUCUGGGGACCGGGCGUGGCUGCAGGACCUCGUUCUGACACUGCAGGUGCUCUCUCUGAGGAACACCAGCCUCUCUUCCACCACCAUGGACUUCUCUGCCCUGAACAACCUCGUGUGCUUGGACCUUUCAGGGAAUUCCUUGGCUGCGUUCCCCAGCUCGCUGGGCACCCUGAGGCUGCGGAGCCUGGACCUGCGGGACAACUGCCUCCCGGCGCUGCCGCCGGACGUGGCGCAGGUGCCUCUGGGGAGGAGCCUGCGGGAGCUCUACCUCAGCCGAAACCCCUACAACUGCUGCACGCUGGGCUGGUGGGACGCCCUGCAGCAGGCGGAGGGCCUGCACGUCCCUGACGGGCGGGAGGUGACCUGCAGCCACGGCUCCCGCGCGCUGAGCCCCGGCGCGCUGCCCGAGCCUGUCCUGCAGAGCUGCCGCUGGCAGACGGCCGACCUGGCGCUGCUCUACCUGGUGUUGGCUCUGCCCACCUGCCUGACGCUCCUGGUGGCCUUCGUUGUCAUCUUCCUCAUGCUCAAGGAGAAGCUGCUGAAAAUGGUGAAAACCCGGUGUGGGGUGUCCAGCCCUUACUGAUGGCUGAGGAGGAGGAAGGGCUCGGGAACGGUCAAUACGAGUGAGUGGUCAGGAGUACAGGUGGUAACCCCUCCGAGGUGGUCAAGAUGGAAAACUGAUGGUGCAGGACAGGAGGUGCUGGGAGAGCUGCCAUUCCUGCCCUAAUGGCACCCAAAGGGUGUGGGUCGUGUCUGGUGAUGGAGCGCUGGGAAUCCCCAAGGAACGUGUCUUCAGCAGAAACCUUCAGCUGGUGUUGGUGAGAGCUGAGUGGACACAACACCAAACAUUCCUUGGCUAAAAGGACAGGUUGCCCAGAAAAUCUGUAGCUGCCCCAUUUGUGGAAGUGUUCAAGGCCAGGUUGGAGUGGGCUUGGAGCAA